AUGGCCAUCAAGCAGCCAUUACUUGACCACAGCUAUCGACCACUCGUCAAGAUCAACAACACAUAUCAACAGUCACUUGACUACUCGUCCAUCAUGCCGCACUUCUCCUAUGUGGCCGCCGAGUCGGGUCAUCAUCGUCGUCGUCACGAUGAACCCCAGACACACUACCAGUGGCCCGUCACCACCACUCACCAGAGCCACCACUCCCGGCGUCAGGAGCCUCGCCGGGUGGAAGCCCCCGACUUCCGCUUCUGCGUUGAGCUCGGCCUCGUCAUCCGCAGCAGGAAACACAACCACAAGACCAUCACCGGUCUCGAAGACGAGAUCAGCAAACAACUCAACCGCGCCGGCAUCGCCAACCACCUCGCCAGCACCCACAUCACCCCGGUCUCCUCCCGGCAAUGGACCAUCGCCAGCGAGCUCUGCAUCCCGUCCCGCCCCAACGACCACCGCUUCGGCAUGAAGCUCGUCUCCCCCUUCAUGCGCUUCGCCAAGCGGCCCGAGUCCUGGCAAUCGGACCUACGCGCCGUCAUGCAAACCCUCAACACCCACUUCGAGCUAACCACCACCCACCAAUGCUUCACCCACAUCCACAUCACCCCCUCCUCCGGCUACUGGGAACUGCACCAAGCCAAAGGGCUCGCCAAAUCCGCCCUCUACUUCGAGCGCUGCCUCGACGCCCUCGUCCCGCCCUACCGCCGCAAGAGCGUCUGGGCCAAGAGCAACCGCCACAACCACUACUUCGAGGGCCUGCCCAUGGCCGAGUGCUUCGACCGCAUCGACGCCCAGACCACCCCCGAGGCCCUCGGCGCCCGCAUGAACUGGUGCGCUGCCGACUCGCCCACGGGGGUGGCGCUGGGCGCGCGCCCCGGCGCCGACUUCCAGCAUGAUGCGUAUCGGUGGGGGUUCGUGGGGCUGAAUGAGGGGGCGGGGCUGGGGACGGUCGAGUUCCGCCAGCCGCCGGGGGCGAAUACCGGGGCGGAGGUGAUCGCGUGGGUGAUGUUGGUGGGGUGUCUGGCGAGGUUGAGCUGUGGGGAGGGGGUGGCGCUGGAUCCGGCGCAGAAGCCGCAGCUGAAGAGUCUCGGGGAGUGGUUGGUGUAUGAGGCGGAAUGGUGUGGCGUGCCGCAGAAGGGGUUGCUGGCGGAUUUGGUCAAGCAGGCCGUGCCGGUCACGCCGGCGCCGGGGACGCUGGCGGGGAGGGAUGCCGAUGCGAUUACCAUCGAUGAGGACCAGCGGUUGAGGUGGAAGGCGAAUGAUCGGGAUUUGGUCCUGGAGAAGUAUAGGCGGCUGUUGAAGCAUGUCUGA